AUGUCUUUGCUCAUUGAACAGAUCUACACAUAUCCUAUCAAGUCCCUUAGAGGCGUACGACUCGAAUCAAUACGAGCCCUUCCUACUGGCUUCGCAUAUGAUCGUCAUUUUAUGCUGUGGGAUGUUGAGAAGAAGAAGGGUCUUCAUGUCGGCCUUCGAUCCUCUCUUUGUCUCUUCACCACCAGCUUAACUCCUGAGCAUGAACCUCAAAGUAUCAAGGUGCACUAUGGUCUUAGCCAUACGUUUGAUAAGCCAAACAAACAUGUCGAUCCAUCUCCAUUGAUGGUACCCUUGGUCCCGAACGUGAAGGGGCUACCACAGGUAACCGUGACGAUGCACUUAAGUCCUUGUUUAGCGUUUGACAUGGGACAAAAAUACAACGACUGGUUUAGCGACCGACUCGGAUUUUCUGUCAAACUUCUCUACAUCGGAGACCAUCGCAGAAAGGUUCUGGGAAACAUGGGCCAGGGAGUCAGCAUUAGUACGGUCCAAACUGAGCCGUGGUUAGCGAUUAUUCCGGCAGCCUUCUUCUUGGGUUACUUUCUGCUUCCACAACAUGCACCAAGUCAGACCCAGUUAAUCAUUGCUAUUCUGGCGGUGGUUUCAAGUUGUGCGGUUGUGUUGCAACAAUUGGGGCUGUGGAAAAAUUCCAAGAAGCCCUUGAUCACCUUCGCGGACCUCGCUGCGUAUCUUAUCAUCAGUCGAAAGAGCUACGAAGACGUCAAUGACAGGCUUCCAGACGAGGAGGAGAUGGACAUCACCAAAUUCCGGGCCAACAUUGUUGUUUCGGGAGCCGAAGAAGCAUAUGAAGAAGACUUUUGGGCUGAAUUGCAAUUCCGAGGGAGCAUCGCCAUGAAGUUAACCCAGAACUGCGCUAGGUGCAGUAGCCUCAAUGUGGACUAUGCUACUGGCAAAGCUGGCACCAGUGAGGCUGGUAAGGUUUUGAAUAAAUUAAGCAAAGACAGGAGAAUUGAUCCAGGUGUUAAAUGGAGUCCGGUAUUUGGAAGAUAUGGCUUUAUCAUGCCAGGUUUCUCUUCAGAUGGCACUGUCGUCUUCAAUGUAGGUGACAAAGUCGAGGUAACAAAGCGCAACUCACAACGAACAAUCACAGGCAAGUAG